CCACUGGCAGGCACUCCUCCCUUUCCUCCAGCGCGCACGCCUCCUGUGUAGGUCAUGGCGGCCCCCGUGUGCUGCCUGCGUACAGUUUUUCAUGGCUGUCAUAGGCACGUGUUCAAGCAGGCGGGUUUUAUUACUCCGUCCCUCACCAUCGCAAACAGAAGCUGGUUUGCCGUAAGAUCCUACGCUGCCCAAUCCGCUGCAAUUAAAAAAUUCAGCAAAGAAAAGAAAACCAGCAAAGUGCCAUUUACUAAAAGAUUAUCCAAGGGGCAGCUUGCAGAGAAAGAAACCGAGUCAGCCCGUCCUAAACGUUUUGGCUUUACAGCACAGAAGCCCACUGAUGAUGUGUAUGUGGCCCGCUACUACCCCAAACCAUUACUGGAACCAGAAACUGCAAUAGAGAUGCUUAAAACAUUCCAGAGGUUGGAUUUUUGCAACCCAACGCAGUCUCUGUUCGUGGGACUCAAACUGGAUAUGAAGCUGGAGAAAAAGAAAAAAGUGGAUCCAUUUGUUGGCUACAUUCAUUUGCCAUUCCCUUUUGUGAAGGAACCAAAUAAGGUGUUAGUAUUUACAGAGAAAGCAGAAGAAGCUGAGAUUGCAAAAAACAACGGAGCUUCAUUUGUUGGAGGGAUUGAGCUUAUCCCCCAGAUUCUGAAUGAUGAAAUACAAGCAGAUUUCUACAUCGCAACACCCGACAUUAUUGCCAAACUGAACAUCCUAAAAAAUAAGCUGAGGAAAAAAUUUCCAAAAACUAAAAGAGGUUCUGUCGGGAAUGAUGUUGCCAACAUGAUGAAACUAUUUGAAACCAGCUAUGAGUAUACAGUAGAAAGAGAAUGUUUAGUGCAGACUAAAAUAGCUACGCUGGACAUGCCUGUUGAACACAUAGUUGCCAAUCUCGAUGCCCUUGUAAAAGAUGUUUGCAAACACAAGCCGUUAAGCUUUGGUCCCUUUGUAGAAAAGGCUCUCCUCACUAGUGCUACAAGUGAAGCCCUUUUUAUCAACUGCCAGAAAUUCUUCCCACAAGAAGUUGAAAAUAUUGAUGAGGAAUGAAGAUACAAGAAAAGGGUGAAAUCUUCUGCACUGACCCAGGCUGUGGAGUCACAUGGCAGGUGCUUAAGCCAUCUCCGUGAGACCUGGAACGCAGUGACAACUAUUGGACUAGAAUUACUUCUCAUUAGCAAAGGCUCUCAGCAAAGAGGAACAAGAAGAGCAAUGUUUGUUUGGAGAUGGGAGUGGAACUCCUUUUUGUUUUGUAAUAAAAACAUUUCCUAAUGUA